AUGCCUCGCGUUUUGAGUGUCUUGAAAAAAACGAAGUGCCAAAAUUGUGGAUCGAUGAGUCACAACACACGAGAUUGUUUAGAACGCCCGAGGAAGUAUGGCGCGAAAGGAAAGUCAUAUACCCAACAAGCAAUGAAAGAGACUUUGGAUGUGCAACAAUUGGAGAAGGAGAAAGAUGCCCUUGAUGAGAAUAUUCAAAAAGUUCUGAAUGAAAAAAAUGUCGAAGACUUUUUAGUGUCGAGUGAUGAGAUCAAAGGAAUUAAUGACAUCGUCAAUAAAAAAAGGAUGGCAGUCAAAAAUCUGAGAGAACUUGACGAUGUUGCCCCAUAUUUGAAAGACCUUACUGGUGGUGAUGCCACAAUUGAGAGAAAAGUUGAAGAUAUCGAAAAUGUGUGGGAAGAGGAAAAGGGUGUCAGUGAGACACUUGCUUUCCUUGGGGAGAAGUGA